AUACCUUCCUUUUCAGCUUCAUCGUCCCAAUCCUACCGCAUAUUCUCGAGGGUCGAAUGCGACUGGCCCAGUCGCAAACGCAAUUCCUAACAUCCGUCAUUCUUUCUAUGAACGCAUUAGUUUCGAUUGCCCUGGCGCCGUUCACAGGCCACCUAGCGGAUAAGGUCUCAUCGAAGAACAACCUGCUGAUCUUGUCAUGGUUUGUGAACAUAGUCGGCACGGUGAUCACCGCCUGGUCCAGUACUUGUAUAUUAUCAGUGACUUUAUUACUCGUUGGUCGAUUGAUACAAACCGUUGCCGGGUCUUUCAUAUGGAUAGCUGGAAUGGCACUUCUUGCCAACACCGUUGGGCCAAACCACCUAGCGAAAUCCAUUGGGUUCGCGACCUUAUUCGUCUCGGUAGGACUUCUCUGUGGGCCAAUGGUUUCGGGCACACUCUAUCAGAUUGUAUCCUACUUAACCAUGUGGACAAGCUCUUUUGUGGUGCUGGCGCUGGGAAUUGCCUUGCAAUUUCUCGUUCUUGAGGCCUCUCAUUCAGAGGAUGAGAGCUUUCAGAGCGACUCGUCUAGAGGCAGCGGAGAAGCACUCGUGUCCAACAACAAACCAGUUGAACAGCAACGGAGCGAGAACUCUCCCCUCCUGACCCAUCAGUCUGACUCAGAACUCGGCUAUCAAACACUCUCGGGGGUUGAUGAGCAUCUCACCCCGUACCAGAGUGCUCAGGAGAUGCAGUCAGCCAAGCAAAAUGUCUAUAUAAUGCUGUUGAGUAAAAGCCGGGUCCUCACUGCACUACUAGCCGACAUAGUAUUUGCCAUGAUGAUAGCUAGCUUUGAGACUACCAUACCCAUUCACAUUAAACAGGUAUUCGCCUGGGAAACGAUGCAGGCCGGCCUUAUCUUUCUCCUCAUCCAACUACCAUCCUUGGUCUUACUUGUCCCUGCAGGAUGGCUGAAGGACCGGGUCGGUAUGCAUUAUCCUGUUGCCGUGGGCUUCAUACUGUUUGCGCCUUCUCUCUGGCUGCUUGGAGUACCUGGAGACGACGGAUUCGAAUGGGCAAAUCACGGGAACACUGGUCAGACGAUUUACAUUGUCACGCUUCUGGCCAUUGGAGCGUGGCGGACUCUGCUUCUCGGUUUUGGGGGGGUUCAAGUGAUGCAUGGUGCGAACGAGCUUAUGGUUGAAUUUCCAACAAAUUUUGGCAGCGGCGGAGCAUAUUCCCGCGCCUUCUCACUGUCGAACAUCAGCUGGAAACUUGGCAUGUUUCUGGGGCCAUUGUUGUCCGGUGUCUUGACCGACAGUGUUGGUUACUAUUACAUGAAUGUAUCCUUC